CGGACAUGGCGCACUAUAAUUUCAAGAAGAUUAUGGUGGUUCCAUCCGCCAAGGACUUUAUUGAUCUGACAUUAUCGAAGACUCAACGAAAGACUCCAACAGUUAUUCAUAAACAUUACCAAAUUCAUCGCAUUAGACAUUUUUACAUGAGGAAAAUCAAAUUUACUCAACAGAAUUACCAUGACAGACUCUCUCAGAUUUUAACAGAUUUCCCCAAAUUGGAUGAUAUCCAUCCAUUUUAUGCUGAUUUGAUGAAUAUUCUCUAUGACAAAGAUCAUUACAAGUUGGCUCUAGGACAAGUAAAUAUUGCCAAAAAUUUAGUGGACAAUGUUGCCAAAGAUUAUGUACGUCUUAUGAAAUACGGAGAUUCUCUGUACCGCUGCAAACAGCUGAAACGUGCUGCCCUUGGACGGAUGUGUACUAUUAUCAAAAGACAGAAACAGAGCUUGGAAUACUUGGAGCAAGUGCGUCAGCAUUUAUCCCGUUUGCCAACCAUUGAUCCGAAUACCAGAACUCUGCUUUUGUGUGGGUACCCAAAUGUUGGAAAAUCCAGUUUCAUCAAUAAGGUGACAAGAGCCGAUGUGGAUGUUCAGCCUUAUGCCUUUACAACUAAAUCUUUGUUUGUUGGGCACAUGGAUUAUAAGUAUCUUCGUUGGCAGGUGGUGGACACUCCAGGAAUUUUGGACCAUCCUCUGGAGGACCGGAACACCAUUGAGAUGCAGGCCAUCACGGCCCUGGCCCACCUACGUGCCGCUGUCCUGUAUGUAAUGGAUCUGUCUGAGCAGUGUGGGCAUGGAUUAAAGGAGCAACUCGAACUCUUCCAAAACAUUAAGCCUCUCUUUAUCAAUAAGCCACUUAUAGUUGUAGCAAACAAAUGUGAUGUGAAGAGAAUAGCUGAACUUUGUGAAGACGAUCAGAAAAUAUUUGUAGAUUUGCAGACCGAAGGAUUUCCUGUAAUAGAGACCAGCACUCUGACUGAGGAAGGUGUUAUUAAGGUUAAGACAGAGGCCUGUGAUAGGCUAUUGGCUCAUCGAGUUGAAACCAAAAUGAAAGGCAAUAAAGUGAAUGAGGUGCUGAACAGAUUGCAUUUAGCUGUACCAAACAAAAGAGAUGAUAAGGAGAGACCUCCCUUCAUCCCAGCAGGAGUAGUGGCCCGAAAGAAGAGAAUGGAGAUUGGGGAGCCUAGAAAGAAAAGGGAACGAGAUAUUGAGCUGGAAAUGGGAGAUGAUUAUAUUUUGGAUCUUCAAAAGUACUGGGAUUUACUGAAUUCCUCUGAAAGGUAUGAUAAGAUACCAGAGAUCUGGGAAGGCCACAACGUAGCUGAUUAUAUUGAUCCUGACAUCAUGAGGAAAUUGCAAGAGUUAGAAAAAGAAGAAGAACUAAGAUCAGCUGCUGGAGAAUAUGACAGUGACUCUGAAAGUGAAGAUGAGGAAAUGGCAGAGAUCCGACAGCUAGCCAGUCAAAUUAGAGAGAAGAAGAAACUGAAAAUUCUGCAAUCAAAGGAGAAGAAUACGCAGGGACCCAGAAUGCCUCGGACUGCUAAGAAGGUUCAACGGAAUGUUUUGGAGAAUGAGAUGAGAAGUCUUGGUGUUGACAUGGAUGAUAAAGACAAUGCCCACUAUGCAGCCCAGGCAAGAAGAUCUCGAAGUGUCACUAGAAAAAGAAAACGCGAAGACUCUGUUCCACCCUCUUCUGUAGCCCGGAGUCGUAGUUGUUCUCAAACACCCCGUGAUGUUUCUGGUCUUCGGGAUGUUAAGAUGGUGAAAAAAGCCAAGACAAUGAUGAAGAAGGCUCAGAAGAAGAUGAAUCGCUUGGGAAGGAAAGGGGAGGCAGACAGACAUGUGUUUGAUAUGAAACCCAAACACUUACUCUCUGGAAAGAGGAAAUCUGGUAAAAAGGACAGGAGAUAGUGUCCUUUU